AUGAGCGAGAGAAGACUGGUAGAUGAAAUGCCUCCGAUGUUUCCCGAAGAGGAAGAAAUAGCGCGAAAACGAGCAAAUGCGCAUUUGGCGGCCGGUGUUUCCUCCGGAUUUACAGUUGUCAAAAUUAUUGAUCAUUUCCGACCGAGAAGUCUGAAUACGUUUUCCGCGAGGAUAAACUUUUUUUCGAUGGGCUUGAUUUUUGGAAUGAUGGUUUUCCCCUCCAGCGCGUGGUACAAAGAUAUCGUUAAUCAACUACCAAAUGGAUAUUUUCGCGAAGUUCAUGUUAACGGAUUGGCUUGGACGAAAGAAGAAAGGGUUAAUUACUUCGAAGCUAAUCCAAAAGAAAAAGAACAAAGAGAAAAACUUAUCGGAAUCUAUUCGCUUCCUUACAUUCCUCCUCCAGCGACAUCGGGAAACUUCAUCACUUACGCUGAUUUACGUCGACUUACCGCUUCCGAAAUCGUAUCAACGAAUAAGCUAUAUUGUGGAGAGUGA